GCGCAUACAUCGACAUGGUCUGCAUGUAGUUGGCACAAUGCUCGCUGUACAUGAAUUCAUGUACCGCCGGCUGACUCGGUGAACAUCACCAGCCAACAGCACCAGUCAACACCUAUGGGCUGGCGUCACCGACUGACGCACUCAUGGCUGGCCGCCUUUCUGUCCCGCCCCUUGCCCUUCUUGGACCGGAGCGACUUGCUCUUGAGCAUACUGCAAACACACACACACACAUCCAUCCAUCCAUGCGGAUGAAACGCACCACCCACUACUCGGCUUCCUCUGCUGAAUCGCUUCACUUACACUUUGCCUUCGUAGAGGUCCACCUCCCGAAUGUCGAUGUUGAGCGCCUUCUCCAGCUUCCGUAUCACGAAGCGCGUGUCGGGAGUGACGAAGUUCAUGACCACCCCAGGAUUGCCCGCCCGGCCCACACGACCCGCCCGGUGGAUGUAGUGCUCGGCGUCGGUGGGCAGGUCCAGGUUGACAACGUGACUCAGCCACGGCACGUCCAGCCCACGUGCACCCAGCUCUGUGGAGACGGCCAUGCCGAUCUGCCCGUUCUGCAUCCGCUUGAACACCUCCGCACGGUCGUCCUUGGACGUGAAACCGGACAGCGGGGCCGCUGCAGCCAACAGAAGGCAGUCCAGUGCUGUUGUGGUUGGUUUGGUUGUGUUGGUGGUAGUGACUGACCGAUGAUCUGUUUCUGCAGGAGGUGGUCGACGAGCCACUUGACGCGGCCCUGCUUAUUGCAGAAACACAGGACGCGCUUGUCCACCGGAUCUGAACACACACGCAUACACACACCCACACAGACAGACACAUACCUCGACACACAAACAACCUCCCUCGUGCUGUGCUGCGUGAAUCCGCCCAUCCAUCCAGCCAGGUUUGGUAGGGUAGGUACCUGUGUGGAGGAAUUUCCUGAGUGCCUCUGUGACUUUGUCUUCCCGCACACACAUGAAGAUGUGGUGUAUGUUGGGGGGGAUGAGGGGCACCCCUUCGUCGGAGUGCUUGACGCCACCAGGCCGGAUCACGUGCCACACCGGACGCAUGUACCUGAUGGAUGGACGAGGGAGGGAGGGAGGCAUCGAUUCAACAUCCAUCCAACAAAACGUGUAUGUACGCGACAAACGUCUGUAAGUUUCAACUGUCCAUACGCACCUUUUGGCGGCCUGUGUGACGCUCUUUUGAGCACCGGUGGCUGAUGCGAAGAUGGUUUGCCUAUGUGUGGAGUGGGUGCCCUUGGGGAUGGUCGCCAUCAGACUUUCCAACUGGCCCUCAUACGGAUCCUGCAUUCAUAGACACACAAACCACUCAAACCAUACAUGCACGGGUGGAAAGAAACACGCCCUCUGCCCUGCCCACUUACUUACCCGUAUGAGUUGGUCCACUUCGUCAAGCACGAGAUACUUGACGCGGCUGAGGUCCACUUUCCGACGGUCCAGCACAAAGUCGUACAGCCGGCCUGGAGUUCCCACCACCACCUCGGGGCCGCCCUUGAGCUGCUCCAGCUGAUACUUGGGGUUAGCACCGCCCAGCAGCAUGGCGCACCGAAGACCAGUCCCUUCCAACACCACGCGACACACCUGACAUGACAAACACACACAUCAACCAGAGAGGAAGGGUGGGAAUGACGAAAAGUACAGCCGUUCGUUCAUCAAUGCACCCACCCUUUGUAUGUUUCCUCUUACCUUGGCGAUCUGCGCGACCAGUUCCCUCCCGGGCGCCACAAUGAGGAGCUCGGGACCCCUCCUCCGCCCCUGCACACCUCCCCGAUUGCCAUUGAUAUCGGUGGCAUUGGUGGCAGCCGUUGCCCCAUGCUCAUUCAGCAUGCGCUCGAGCAGCGGCAGGAGGUAUGCGAGUGUCUUGCCGGAUCCCGUGUGUGCGUGUAUGAUGAGGUCGUCGCCCUGCAGAAUGCGUGGGAUGGCCUUGAUCUGCGUGUGGGUGGGGUUGAGGAUGCCGCCACGCCGCAGGUUCUCCACCAUCAUGGCGUUGCCGAUGCCGAUGUCCGGGUCGGUGAACCGCCGCUGCUUCUCGGGGUCGACGUAACCCAACUCGGCGAAGUCAAACACACCGUCGUAGCGGGAAAUACGACUGCCCUUUUGUGGCGGCCGCGUGCUCGUCUCACGCUGGUCGGUCACCGUGGCAUUCGUCCUGCUCUGCAACUCUUCAGUGGCUCGCAGGGCCGUCUGGACGAGGUCGUGGCUGGAGCUCUCCACCCCACCCAGGCCCUCAUCUGACUGCAGGAAGGGCAGACCGGUGUCGUCAGAGUCAGCCACGUCAACAUCACCACCUGCUUUCUGCAACAACAGAUACAGGCAGGUAGGGAGGGAAAGUGUGCAUGAGGUGGGCAGGCCGGGUACUUGUGUGUGUGCGUGUGUAGGUACCUGCUGCCUCUUCUUCUUCUUCUUGGUCGCGAGAAAGCCGUGUUGUUUCUUCCACUCAAUGAUGCUGUCUGGGCGCUCCCUAGUGGACACUGGUGCAUCAGGCGACGACCCAGCAAUGGCAGCUGAGGCGACGGACAGAGGCCGGACAGACUCGGAUGGCUGCUGCGGUGGCGCUGUUUUGGUGUGCCGUGACCGGUCGGGCGGCCGCAGUUUGAACGAGCGAGUGUCUUGGUCGGUGAGUCCGGUGGUGAGGUACUGGAGCAUGGCCGAGCCCUUGGUCUGCUGGCCGUCCCCCACGUCAUCCUCAGUGUCCCGAUAGUACCGCCGGCCCCGCACUGCAGUAGGUGAGUCUGACCUGCCGCCCUGAAAAAACACACAGAUUGUUGAAUAGGCAGGCAGCCAUGAACGAAUGAAUGAGAGGGGCGGGAUUGACAUGUAUGAGACUGGUCGCAGUUAGUUAAAUACCCACCUGUGCGGCUCCCCCAACUCCAAACUUCUUGUCCAGCCGUUCCAGCAUGCCAUCCAAAUCCAACCCACGCAACUGAGAAAAGGGCAACACACACAGAGUGAUGGAUGCGCCAUCCAUCCAUCCAUCCAUCCAGUCAGCCGCACCUGUGGGUCUUUGUCCAUUUGUAUGGAUCCAUCGGGUGCCUUGAAGCUCUGCACCCGCCGCCAGGCUGCCCUGUCCUCGUCGGUCUCCUCGUCCACAUCAUCCUCAUCCUCACCGUCGUCGUCAGAUGAUGAUGCUGCCGACACACCACCACCACUACCACCUGCACCACCACCGCCCCAUCCCUUGUCCAUCUCAAGCACGUCACCAAAGGGCUGCUGCCGACGGGAAACAGACGAUAGGGCAAGGGGUCGGCGAACGGAGCGCCGUGGUCCAAUUGCACGCCCAUGUGAGGUAGAAACCCGCCUGCAAACACGACGGCGCUCUUGAGGAGGUGUGCGGCGUGAUCUGUGCUCUUUGACGUCACCUGCUUGUUGUUGCUUUGUUCGCGAUGAAUGCCGUAGAUCUGUGAAGCUGCAGACAUUCGCGAGGGUCCAUUGCUGCCUGCAAGGCGCAACCCGCUGUCAGCAACGCCUUCA